AUUUGUCUAUCAUCAUGACAACAUCAAUUAAUAUGAUUGAACGAAUAAUUAUAACUUGAGCGUCUUGUGAAACUCUCUAUUUCAUUAAAAACAAUUAAAAAAACAAGUCAAAUGCAUUUAAAUUACAUUUCGAGGGUAAUUUCUCGUUCUUCAUUGUCUUAAAUAUACCCUACUGGAUACACCAUUCUACCACAACCACACCCAACAUGGGCAUUUUUGAUUUCCUAUCUCAUGCGUUUGAUAUUCCUGCAUUUCCUUGGAAGUCUGUGGUGUUAGCCUUUACUAUUUCCCGUUUUCUUUGGGAACGGUAUCUUAGUAAGCGCCAGUACAAGCAUUAUUUGAAUGAAAAACCACCGGCCGUUCUGGCCAGUGUCGUAGAUGAAAAGAAAUACAAAAGAGCUAUGCAGUAUGCGCGUACAAAGGCUCAUUUCGGAGUCCUUUCGUCGUCGUUCUCGUUUAUCAUAAGCAUUCUCAUCAUUCGUUAUAACGGUUUUGCCAGACUCUGGAAUGCUACGGACUAUAGCUGGAUGGAUCGACUUGCUACCAGCAACCACUGGUGGUCUGUCUCAAAGGCUAUUACUCACUCUUGCAUGUUCGCCUUUGCUGGCUCUGUGUUCAGUACUAUCAUUGACACCCCAUUCAGUCUUUACUCCACAUUUGUUAUUGAGGAGAAGUUUGGAUUUAACAAGACGACCAUGCGUACGUUCUGGGCCGACAUCGUUAAAGGCUUGGCCCUUGGCGGUGUAUUGCUUAGUAUCAUUAUCGCCAUUUUCUUGAAAGUUAUCAUUGCUUUCGGUGACAAUUUUGUCGUGUACGUAUGGGUUUCGUUCAUUGUUUUGGGUAUGGUCCUUCAAACCAUCGCACCCUACGUGAUUUUGCCUCUUUUCAACAAGUUCACACCCGUUACCGACCCCGAGCUCAAGUCAAAGAUCGAGGAGUUGGCUGCCUCUGUCAAAUUCCCAUUGAAGAAUCUGUACAUUAUGGAUGCUAGCCGUCGUUCCGGUCACUCAAAUGCCUUUUUCUAUGGCAUGCCCUGGAGCAAGGGUAUUGUGCUUUAUGAUACACUUGUUAAGAACCAAACCACGACAGAAUUGCUCGCUGUUCUUGGCCAUGAACUUGGUCAUUGGUACAUGUGGCACAUUUUGAUUCAACAACUUGUUAAUUAUGCUGUUUCUUUCUUUCACCUCGCCUUGUUUGCCGGCUUUAUCCGCAACAACAGCAUGUACUCAGCCUUUGGAUUUUCUGGUGAGCAUCCCAUUUUGAUUGGAUAUCUUUUGUUCACAUCCCUCUUUGAACCUUUGUCGGCAUUAAUCAGUUUUGGAAACAACCUUUUGUCCCGCUCUUGCGAAUAUCAAGCAGAUGCAUUUGCCAAGAGACUUGGCUACGGCGAUGCCUUGGCUGAGGGCCUCAUUCGUCUGCACGAAGAUAACAUGUCUCCUCUCGACUUUGACCGUUGGUUUUCAGCUUACCAUCACAACCACCCUCCUUUGCUUGAGCGUUUGGAGGCCAUUGGCUAUGGAGCGCAAACAACUGACAAGACUCAGUAGUCGCGUACGUUUACAACUACAACCAAAAUAUUGCGAUGUGAAUAUAAAACGCAUAAGCUAAAAUAAAGUCUUUAGUUGGCAUGUGCUCCUGUCAACGCAGACCAUUUCAUUCUUUAAUAUGUCUGCAAAAGUUGGUUUACGAGGGGAAAUGGCACGUGACAGAUGUAAUAAAUGAAAAUUAUACUCGCGUACACGUUCCUCUCUCUUUCGUCCUUCUUUUUGUCACUGCUCGUGUUGCCUUUGCCAUGUCUUUCUCUCCCUUCUUUCUUCUUGCAUUACUGAUGACAAUAAACCAUUAUUAUGUCUGCAUGUUGGCGGCAACAGAAUAAUUAAACAACUAUUCUCCAAUGGUUUGUCAUAUGCUGUUGCCGGUCAUCUUAUUCGCCGUAUAUCUCAUUGACCAUUUUGUGGCAGAGUUAUGUCAAACAUACAAUUAUUUGUCUCAUCGAAGCUAUAUUGAAUCUUGCUGUCAUGCAGUUCUUUGGAUCGUAUCUAAGCCUAAAAACUUAUAUGUGUAUAUAUUUUGGGUUUAAUUGCGCCAAUUCUAAGAACUUUGGUAAUACAAAUUGAUUGAGUUUUACCAUGGCACCUACAUGAACAAUCACCUCGAAAACCCGUGCAAGUAUUUACGAAGCGAUUUGUCUGGCAGUAGCGAUGACAAUGCCAAAUGGUUUUGAAGUGCUCGAAUAAAAUUUUACGGUUGGCAUUAGCGGUGAAAUUGCAUAUAUACUAAGAAAAGAGCUGAGAGAUAAUGUGUCAUUAAGAAUAUGACUCUAUCUUCUGGGUAAGCCGCACUGGUAAUACCGGUAAUCGCUAAAUGAAUUGCAAACAUGGACAGAGAACGUUAUGCCAUUUUUGUCAAUGUAAAUGACACCAGAAGUGUCUGAUGCGUGAUAUUUGACUCCCGUUUUUAGCCUGUUUGUAUGACCUUUUCAUAGUCAAUUUGCUGUUUUUGUUUAGUAACAUAAGUGUCAAUUGCACUAUUUUAUUAGUCCUGGUGAUAAAUUGCGUUGUCGUCAUAUGAUAUUCGAAGCCACUGAUUCGGUACCUUUUGGUACCUCUAAACGUAGCAUAGCAACUACGUUUUGUUUUUAAUAGGGGGGAUUGCAUUUGCAGGUUCGGCGCUGUCAUGUUAGAACUCGUUUUAGUAGUGAAUAAUUUACAUCAAGUCAAUGCUUA